AAUUGCACAGUGGUUGAAAAUCGCCACUGUAUAUCAGUCGUACGUAGGCGAUCACGCGGUUAAGCAAGCUCACGAUUCCAUGUCACCAUCUAUCAUUCUGUUCUUUCAAUACGGGUUUCUUUUAAUCAUCAUUUUCGGAAAUGGUGUUUGCGACGAACACGAAUACAGACUGACAAAGCACUUAUUAGAUGGAUAUGAUGCCGGCGUGAGACCAGCUAAAAAUUCGUCCCAGCCUUUGGUCGUAGUCUUUGAGCUUUCGCUUCAUCACAUUAUCGAUGUUGAUGAAAAGAACCAGAUACUCACGACCAAUUGUUGGAUUAAACAGGUUUGGACUGAUCAUCAUUUGAAAUGGAAUGCUUCAGAGUUCGCUGGAAUUCAAGUAAUCCGCGUUCCCUACAAUCGCGUCUGGCGACCUGACAUGAUUUUAUACAACAAUGCAGAUCCACAGUACAGUUCAGCAGUCAUCAAUACAAAUGUGAUCGUCGAUCAUACGGGCGAAGUGGUCUGGCUAAGUCAUGGGAUCUUCCGCAGCAGUUGCGACAUAAACGUUGAGUUCUUUCCCUUUGAUGAACAACGAUGUGCCCUUAAAUGGGCUUCUUGGACAUACGAUGGAUUUCAACUCGAGCUGAAGAGAAUAAGCGAGCAAGGUGACGUGAGUAAUUAUCAAGCGAACGGUGAAUUUCAUCUCCUGAACUUCACUGCUCGCCGAAACGUCGAAUACUACUCCUGCUGCCAGGAGCCGUAUCCGGACAUCACCUACGAGAUCCAUUUGCGACGACGUCCGAUGUUCUAUGUCUUCAAUCUGAUCUUGCCCUGCAUACUAAUCAACGGCGUUGCUCUUCUAGUGUUCUACGUGCCCUCUGAAUCAGGAGAAAAGGUCACUCUUGGCAUCUCGGCCCUUCUCUCUAUGACGGUGUUUCUGAUGACCAUUCGCGAAACUUUACCACCCACAGAAAAAACACCAUUAAUAAGUCUUUAUUACGGAGUUAGCAUUUGCUUGGUAUCUUUCGCAUCUGGCUUGGCGGUUGUGACAUUAAAUUUGCAUCAUCGUGGAGUACGGGGCGUACGAGUGCCGAGUAUUGUGAGAUCGCUGGUCUUAGACAAAUUAGCCAGAAUAGUAUUUCUGAAUUUCCACGAAGAGAAUAGAUCGGUAAAACGGAUAAUGUAAUGCACAUAUUGUUUCUUGAAAUGUGCGAGAUAUUUUGUAAAUGCAAUCUGAUCUUUUCUAAUUAUUUGUAUAUGUAUAAUAAAAUUAGGUCAAAUUGCAUUUUCUAUUGCUGUGUAUUUCUCAGCGAUCAGUGUUAAAUAAUAGUUUUGAGAGCAGCUUUUUAGAUAAUGAUAUCAGCAAAGUUAGUCUCAGACAUUUAAUAUAAAUCCAAAAGAUGUAACAGUUUUAAUAUGAAAUCACACAAGUGCAGCAGAAGAAUUAAUUAGAGUACAAAAAUUAGAAAAAUAAUUAUUACUAUAAUUGUACCUAAUCAUCAGGAAAUGCAAAUAGCGAAUUAAAAAUCUUAUCUUUAGAUGUACAGA